UAAAAUGUCUCCAAUGCCUCCAACGGUCAAAUUGUUAUGAAACCCUAAGCGGCCAAACCCCAUCACAGAGAGAGAGAGAUGGGAAGAUGGAGAGGGAGAUCGGGAACCCAAUUGGAGGCGAGAAAGAUAGAGCGGAGGGAGUUGGAGGAGGAGGAAGUAGAUGAGGGGAAGGAGAUCGGUUUCUUUGCGUGUUAUCUGCUCUGCUCCUUGAGCCCUCGCCACAAGGGCCGCACUUACAUCGGGUUUACGGUCAAUCCUCGACGGAGGAUUAGACAGCACAAUGGUGAGAUAAGGUGUGGUGCAUGGAGGACAAAGCGAGGGCGUCCUUGGGAGAUGAUUUUGUGCAUCUAUGGCUUUCCCUCAAAUGUUUCUGCUCUUCAGUUUGAAUGGGCCUGGCAGCACCCGAAAGAGUCUUUAGCUGUCAGAAAAGCUGCUUCAAAUUUUAAAUCCCUCUCUGGCAUAGCAAAUAAGAUCAAGCUUGCAUACACAAUGCUCUCUCUUCCAGCCUGGGAGAAGUUAAACCUCACCUUUAAUUUCUUCUCAACAAAGUAUAUGAAGCAUACUUCUGGCUGCCCAGGAUUGCCAAAGCAAAUGAAGACUGCAAUACGUGUCAUGGAUGAACUUCCCUGCUAUGUGAAAGGUCCGAUAUUAGAUAGCGGCAAUGAAGAAGAUGCGGACAAGAACGAUACUGAAGAUGUGAAUUCUUCUGCUUCAUCAGAUGUAUCAAUUAAUCAUGUAGAAGGAGAUGUCUGUAAUGUGCAGAUAUCCAGUAACCACCUCUUUAAUUGGAAGGAAGCUGAUAAUUUCAGACAGAUAGUGGAAUUAGAGGAUUCCCAAUGUGUCCUUCAGUCUCCCAAGCUCACCAAGGAAUAUUACAGAAAAGCAUCCAGCAACACUUCCCCCAACAUGCUGGAUGUAUCAGUCAAUCAUGAAGUGGAAGAUUUUUGUAAUGUGGAAGAGGCUUCCUUUGAUAACCUGUUCUAUUGGCAGGAGUCUGAUAGUUCUAGACAGUCGGUGGAGGCAAUGUCAUAUUGCCUUAGCGAAUCUCCUCAUCCAAACAUGGAGUGCAGCAAAACCUCAUCAAGCAAAACUCUCAGAUCAUGCAGUAGGGAUCCCAUUGAGCGUCUCCAAGGAAAUGGUUUAGACAAGUCCAGACAACCAGUGACUCCCCAAAGGUCCAAUAAUAAGGCUUCGUUGGAUAGCCCAUAUCUUUCCCCUGAAGGUGAUGUAAUAAAUCUAGUAACACCAUCCAGCAACUUGAUUCACUCCCAGACCAAGAGGACCCUUGUUUACCCAGAGAUCAUCGAUCUGACCGACUCUCCUGUCAUUAUUCAACUGUAAUAACUUCUGGACACUGGGAAUGGCCGGCAAGCAUGCACCGCUCGGCACUGUAUUAUUAUUAAUCCAAUUCAAUCUGUGUGUGUCUCAGUUGUUGAGGAGAGAUUAAUUGUGCAUCAUGCUUUGAUUUUGCUCUAGAAACUUGAGCAUAUUAAGUGAUAUGGUGAAUUUGCAAGUUUAGUAAAUGAAGCUAUUGUUUGUGAUAA